GGAGCCGGGCUCACAGACAGGAGAGAGGAUGGCUGCCCUGUGGAGAUCUUACCAAGUGUUGAUGACCAGAUACCCCUGGACAGUUCAGAUAGUGACUGCUGGGUCUCUGGUGGGCGUGGGUGACGUCGUCUCCCAGCAGCUGAUCGAGAGACGAGGAUUGGCUCAUCACAACGUGCAGCGGACCGCCAAGAUGAUGAGCAUCGGGUUCUUCUUCGUGGGACCUGUUAUCGGCAGCUGGUACAAAGUUCUGGACCGUCUGGUGGUCGGAGGAACUAAAAGUGCCGCCAUGAAGAAAAUGCUGGUUGACCAGCUGUGUUUCGCUCCGUGUUUCCUGGCGGCGUUCCUCGGGAUCUCCGGGACUCUGAACGGUCUGACGGUGGAGCAGAACGUCACCAAGCUGAAGAGGGACUACCCAGACGCCCUGAUCUCCAAUUACUACCUGUGGCCUCCAGUCCAGAUCGCCAAUUUCUACUUCGUUCCACUUCACCACAGGCUGGCUGUGGUCCAGAUUGUUGCUGUUGUCUGGAACUCCUAUCUGACCUGGAAGGCCAAUAAGAUGUGAACAACGAUCACAGGUCCUUCCUGUCUUGUUGUUGUUGUCGAUGAUGAUGAUGAUGAUGAUUUACACUCAUUUAUAGUGUGUGUGUGUGUGUGUGUGUGUGUGAGUGACAUGGGCCGUUCUGGUCUAAGUUACUUCUUGUGGUAUUUCCAAUGUGUAAAACUGUGACUGACUCACUGGUAAAGGUCGGAGGAAGAGCUCGUCUACUCUGAAUGACAAAUUCACACUUGAAAGUCAAACUUGCAUUUGCAUAAAUGUCUGUGAAAGUUUGUUAUUUAUGGAAAUUGGAUUUGGCAGCGGUGCAGCAACACGUACGCACACACACACACACACACUCAGACAUUAACACUGGUUGCAAAGGAAACUUUUCUAAUUCCUUUGAUUUAUUAUAAUAAUAAUAAUAAUAAUGACUAUUGUUAUUACUAUAAAGCAUUGUUAAUAAUAUUCUUAAUUACUUGAAAGAAUUGUUGCAGGAUAAUAACAUUAUGUUUUGUCUCAUUAUGGAGGAAAUCUUCCACUCAGAUGCUCUUCUUAAUGUGAAACUUAGUCUUUUUUUGUUGAUUUUCAGUUUGUAAUAAUGUCAUUUCCAUGCUGUAUUCAUACUUUAGUGACUGUUUAUCUAUCAACCCUCAGGUAAGGGCAAGCAAGCUGUUCUUAGAUUUGUUAUAAAUGCAGAAAGUGGGUUAUAUCUGCAAAAGUAGCAAUGCAUUCUGGUCAAUUGUUGCUGAAGGAGUGACAACAUACCUGCUGUUUAUGGAAUAAUUAGACUUUUUUGUAAUGUGCUUCAGUUUAUUUGUAUGACGCCGCUCUCAUCUCUGUAGAAUAAAUAUAAAGCUGCAGGCUAUUAGCUUUGCACAAAGACUGGAAACAGGUGGACCUUUUUAAGCUCAUUAAAUAAUAGUUUAUAAUAGUUUGUUUUAUCUGUUUUAAAGCCUGUUAUGUGCUGGACUAACUUCUUGACAAGCCACAAGAACUACACCCCUCUUAAUGCAUGGAUUAAACAAACAGUUUAGUUUAAAUGUAAUCAGUUUAAUUAGUGAGUUUUAUGUAAAAAGAAAAAAAAAAACUCUAAAUAUGGUUAAGAGACGAAUUGCAAUAAUCUAAAAAACAAUAUGGAUAUAAUCUGGAUAUGCAAAUAAAAG